UAUGGCGGACGAAAACACGCCGGGUGGAGAAGGUGAAAACAAUUCCGGGUCAUGUGUAGCAACGGAACAGAGAUCGCCAUCAGACGACGAUGUUAAAAAGGCAGAAGAGUUUAAGGAAACUGCAAAUGGAUUUUUCAAAAAGGAGGAUUAUAACCAAGCUAUUACAUUUUAUACACAAGCAAUAGAUCUGAACCCCAAUGUUGCUGCUUACUAUGGAAACAGGAGCUUUGCUUACCUCAGGACAGAGUGUUUUGGAUAUGCUCUACAAGAUGCUACAAAAGCCCUGCAGAAUGAUCCCAAGUACCUUAAGGCAUAUUACAGAAGAGCAUCUGCAAAUAUGGCCCUGGGAAAGUUUAAGUUAGCACUUAAAGACUUUGAAGCGGUGGUGAAAGUAAGACCAAAUGAUAAAGAUGCCAAGGCAAAGUACACAGAAUGUAACAAAAUAGUGAAGAUGAACGCCUUUGCUAAAGCAAUAGCUGUCAAUGACAGUAAACCCGUAUCAGAAACCCUGGAUCUAGAAAGCAUGACUAUAGAAGAUGAAUACACAGGGCCAAGGCUGGAAAACGGCAAGGUGACACUUACUUUUGUUCAGGAAUUAAUGGAUACUUUCAGAGACCAGAAAAAACUACACCGGAAAUAUGCAUAUCAGAUAUUAAUAAAUGUAGAUAAAUUGUUCCAAGAACAGCCUUCACUGGUAGAUAUAACAGUGCCUGAGGGUGAGAAGUUUACAGUUUGUGGUGAUAUACAUGGACAGUAUUACGAUCUUCUCAACAUAUUCAAAUUGAAUGGACUUCCAUCAGAAUCUAAUCCAUAUUUAUUUAAUGGUGAUUUUGUGGAUCGUGGGUCAUUUUCUGUGGAAUGUAUAUUUACAUUGCUUUCCUUCAAGCUUUUAUACCCGAACCACUUCUUUAUGGCCAGAGGUAACCAUGAAAGUUUCACAAUGAACCAGAUGUAUGGGUUUGAGGGAGAGGUCAAGGAAAAAUAUACUUCCAAAAUGGCCGACUUGUUUACAGAAGUGUUCAAUUGGUUACCUCUUUCACAUUGUAUAAACAACAAAAUACUGGUGAUGCAUGGCGGCUUGUUUAAAGAUGAAAAUGUCACAUUAGAUGAUAUACGAAAGUAUGAUAGAAAUAGACAGCCACCAGAAGAAGGUGUAAUGUGUGAAUUACUGUGGUCAGAUCCACAGCCUCAGUGUGGGAGAUCUCAGAGUAAACGAGGGGUGGGAACUCAGUUUGGACCAGAUGUUACAAAAAGAUUUCUACAGAAGAACAAACUAGAUUAUGUGAUACGAAGUCAUGAAGUGAAAAAUGACGGAUAUGAAGUUGCUCAUGACGGAAAAUGUAUAACUGUAUUUUCUGCACCAAAUUACUGUGAUACAAUGGGAAACAAAGGAGCCUUUAUAACCUUAAAGGGAGAAGAUCUCACACCAAAAUUUACAUCAUUUGAAGCUGUGCCCCAUCCAAAUGUAAAACCUAUGCAAUAUGCCAGCUCUCUGUUUGGACUGUUUUGAGAAUAGAUGUGAUCUAGUGUCAAUGAAAUUUUGUUACUGAAAUACCAUCAAAGAUGUCUACCUACUGGUACCCUCAACAAAAUUAGCUGAGACUUAAUAUUAGGGACUCGUCUUCAGCAAAAUAGACUGUCAGUUAAUAUUUAUAGGAUUAUGAAUCCAACUAAAAUAAGCUUGAUACAAUCAACAUGAGUAUGUCAAAAAGGGUCUUCUUACAGAAUUUUAUAAACUAUCACAACAGCAAUAUGUUAAGUGUUGUGGUGGCUGUAAAGUCUCCCUGUAAUUGUCAUAUUUAUUAGCUGAUCCUUAGGGACCAUUGAGUCCAUUCAGUGUUUCCUAAUGAUAGAUUUCUGCUUAUCCAUUGUUAGAAGGGGGUGUAUCUUUCAAUACCUCUCCUUAACAGACUCUGUCAAACCCAGUCUGCUAUUACUUGCUUGAUUAUGUUUUAGGCUUCCAUAGGAAUAUCUUACCAAUUUUCUACUAAAAGAACAUGUCUUUAACUGGAAUAAGCUGAGAACAUCCUGCUAGCAUACGUCUUUAACUGAAAUAAGCUGAGAACAUCCUGCUAGCAUAUGUCUUUAACUGAAAUAAGCUAUAAACACCAACAAGAACGUGUUUCUUACUGAAUUCUGAUGAAAUUUGUACAAAGUAAACAUUUUGAAAUGGAGUAAGAUGUUGUCUACCAUCAGACGUGUGUCUUGAAUUGAAUAAGCUGUAAUCUACCACCAGAGGCAUGUCUUUAAUAGAAUAAGUUGUGAUGUGUCUUGAGAAGUGUCUUGACUGGAAUAAGCUGUGAUCUACCACCCUACCGCAGACUUCUCUUGACUGGAAUAAGCUGUGAUCUACCACCGCAGACUUCUCUUGACUGGAAUAAGCUGUGAUCUACUACCGCAGACUUCUCUUGACUGGAAUAAGGAGACCUGCCCUGAAUAGAAUAAGUUGUUAUCUACCACCAGUGGUGUCUUUAACAAACUUUGAUCUACCCUCGGAGCUGUCUUGAAUGGGAUAAGCUGUGAUCUACUGCCAGAGGCAUGACUUGAAUGGAAUAAGCUUUGAUCUAACAGUUUAGAGGAGUCUCAAGUGAAAUAAGCUUUAACCUACAGCAAGCUUGAAUUAGUUGUUACCUUGUUAACCAUUAGCCUGCUGGUGGCAAGUGAUCAGUGCAGACCAUAAUCAUGGUCUGCACUGUUCGCUAUUCAGUUAUUAAAUUUUCAAUGAACACCCCUUUGAAUGAUAAAUGGUACUGCCCAAAUUGGAUGAUAGACCAGUCCAUUUUUGUCAAGCCUGCUUGCGUGUGUCCAUCCGUCCGUCUGAUUUUGACAUGCAUGGACCAAUCUUGUUUAUAUUUGGCAUGAAUGUUUACCUCAAUGAGAAGGAGUGUCAUGCGCAAACCCCAUGUUCCUAUCUCAAAGUUCAAGGUCACAGUUGGAGGUCAAAGGUCAAAUUUAAGUUUGUCCGGACCAUAACUUUGACAUGCAUAGACCAAUCUUGUUUAUAUUUGGCAUGAAUGUUUACCUCAAUGAGGAGUGUCAUGCACAAACCCCAUAUUCCUAUCUCAAAGGUCAAGGUAACAGUUGGAAGUCAAAUGUCAAAUUGAAGUUUGUCCGGAGCAUUUCUUCUUCAUGCAUGGUGGGAUUUUGAUGUAACUUGGCGGGAAUGUUCACCUAGGUCUAAGGUCAAGGUCACACUUAGAGGCCAAAGGUGCUGGCAGGCUUGACAUUCUGCCCGUGGGCAUGCAGAAUGUAUUUCUAGUUAAAAAAUAGGGUAAAGGUACACUCAGACUUCAAACCAGGGACAUGACUGUAUUUAAAACAAUCACAGUAGCAUUUCACCAUAGAGACCCAGGACAAAAUAAGUUUGUGCUAUUACAUUUUCUUGAUUAUAAUAAUAAUUGCUGUCAAGUAGAAAAGUGAGGAGAAAACAAGUAUUGUUUACUGUUAUCAGUAACACAGAUAUUAAGGAGCAAAGGUGUUUGUCAUCUACAAAUGUGAUUACAAAAAAAACUUGAAAGCUGAAAGAGUUAUGUGAACAGAAUAGGAAAAAAGUAGUUGUCUUGGGUCUUUAACCAUAGAAUUGUGGCACAAUAAAUUGCACAAUUAAGCAGUCAAGUUCAUGUAAGUGUCGUCUUUUGCACUAAAAAGUUGUGUUCAUAUACAUUGUAUGUCAUUUUUGGCAUUACAAAGCAGUCAAGCUCAUGUAAAUGUCAUCUUUGGAAUUGUAGAGCAGUCGUGUUCAUGUAAAUGUCAUCUUUGGAAUUAAAGAGCAGUCAUGUUCAUGUAAAUGCCAUCUUUGGAAUUAAAGAGCAGUCAUGUUCAUGUAAAUGUCAUCUUUGGAAUUGAAGAGCAGUCAAGUUCAUGUAAACAACAUCUUACGAAUUAAAGAACAGUCAAGUUCAUUUAAAUGUCCGCUUUUAUGUUCACAUUUAAAGGGGCAUGCCUUCAGAUGUCCACCAAAUUUUCUUAAACAAAUAGUAACAGAUAGCAACAUGUGAUCAUAUAUCAGGAAAAGUUCAAGGUGAUAUUUCACUAGUGAAAGGUACUGCAAAAUUCGUUCUAGUUUACAUCAUAUUUCUGUUGUGUGAUUAAUACUUUAAAGAACUUUUCUGCAUAUUUAACAGACUACUAUUGAAAUCAUUGUUGCUCAUGAUUUUGGUACAUAUAAGAGUUAUUUACUUGUUAAACCAUGAAAUGGACUCUACCCAUUCUUUCAAAGAACUGUGUAAUAAAUGCCGUAGAAGAUAUUUCAUUCAUUGGUACAUGUAUAUAGUUUUACUUCUGAACAAAAUCAAAAGUUCUAUUGGCUGUAUGUCACUCAGUAGUUUAGGUCUUAUUGUGAACACUAGCUUUCAGGAUGGAGGAAGAUCCUAAGUGCCGUCCAGGCAUUUUUACAGGAAAAAAAGAGUACAAAGGAAGACAGGCCUUCCUUUUCAUCAUUUUGGUAAUGACACCAACACCAGUAAAAUUGGGAAAAUGUUCUUGGAAAUUAGGAAAAACUGAAAGUUAGCACAAUGUAAUAAUGAGUUUUUUGUGUGUAACAUUUACAAAUUUGGAAUGACAUUUUAAUAGUUGUUCAACAGUAUAUUAUAACAUAACAGUUGUUUAUUUAAUUGAAGUAAGCAUACAAAGUAGCAAUUCCUAAACAGUCGUAGGGAAUUUAUGUUCAAACCUGGGAAAAAUAGCAUUAGGACUGCCUCCAUUUUCUGAAGGUAGCUUUAUAGGGGAAACGCCCCAGGAAGAAAAAUAACCCAAUGCAAGCCAAAUUAUUGGUUUUCCCAAAUUCGAAGGUUGUUACUAGCCGCAUCAACAUAGGAAAAAUGAUGUAGAACUUGGCAACUUUGACCAGGCAUGAAGCUUGUUAAUGGUUUGUUAUGAAUUGUGUGCCUUUUUCGUAACUGAAGUAACAAACUGUGAUUUUAAUGAUAUAGACCUUUGUGAAAAGAGGGAGAAGAAAGUGUGUUUUUUUACCGUUUACUUAAGAUUUUCUCUAUUUCUUAAAAUAAAACAUUUUUUGUUUGUGGUUUGAUGAAACACCUUGAUAAUUUCCUUGUUUGCUGUCUAUUUAUUAGUAUAAUUUAUCGACUUGAAUUAAUAGAUACAUGAAUGCAAUUGUACAAAGCCUGUCAAAUUGAUACUAUUUAUUUUGAGAGAGAUUAGAUAUUGUACAUGUCUACUGUAUGAAGUAGAAUCUGUUAUCAUUGCUAAGAGAACUUAAGUAUGUUUGUAAUAUAGAGGGGUUGUAGCUUUGGAGAAGCUGAUAUAAAAUCAAUCAUGGCCAGCCAUAAAGAAAAAACAUCUCACUAUUGUAUGUAGGCUAGUAAAUACUUUUCAGGCCAGUGCUUAGAGUUUUAUCAGUGGGCGAAGCAUUGUUCUCUGUGAUAGUUGGUUUAAAAUUGAUUGUGCACCCCCCCCCUCCACAUUGCCUGAUUCAUUUGAAGAAGUUGGCUGCUGGUUGCAGAGAACAGGUUAGUUUGUUUGUUUUGGGUUUAACACCAUUUUCAACAGUAUUUCAGUUAUGUAACUAUGGGCAGUUAACCUAUCCAGUGUUCCUGGAUUCUGUACCAGUACAAACCUGUUCUCCGCAACUUCCCUACAUGAAUCAGAGGUGGAGGACGAAUGAUUUCAGACACUGUCUUUAUCAAAUUGUCACAGAGAAAUGCCUUGCCUAGGGCUCAACUCGCGACCCCUCAAUCUGUUGAUCGAUGCUCUCCCUAUUGAGCUAAGUGGGCUGUCUUAGUACUGGUACAGAAUUCAGAAAUGUUUCCACUGUUACAUAACUGAAAAACUGUUAAAAAUGACGCUAAACAUGAAACAAACAAAUCAGCUGUUCAAAGUUGCUAUUUUUACACAGGUUAUAAAGGUAUGUCGAAGUCUAACUUUUCACAGUAUUUAAUAUUGAAUUGUAAUUCUAUGUUUCUGUCUACAUGUAUUUUGUAUAUAUAACAGAAACUCACUUUUAACAAUAAACUGUCUUUUGAAA